AAAAGAUGUCACUACAAUAACUCCUGACACGUGACAUUAACCAGAGCAGAGUUAACGUGUUAUAGAAGAACAUUUCCACGCUUCAGAGCAACAAGCAGCUUUGUUGUUCAACACUUUGAUUUAAAGACAGGAUAUCCAGGUUUUCACUUCCCAGCCGCCUACAGCCGCUUAUCAGGAAGGACUGCAGUUCCCAGCAGGCCGUUCGGCUCCACGCGUGUCGGGCAGCAGCAGCAGCAGCAGCAACAUGUCUGUGUUUAUGGAUCUAAACCUGCGCUACACGGCAGAUAAGAGCCGCCUGCAGAGUCUGGUUCAGACGGCGGCGCACCUCGGCUUCUCCACAGUCGCCAUCAACUACGUGUUCGACCCAACAGCCAAAGAGAAACAGGAGGUUCCCGCCCCGACGCCGAUCAACGAGCUGAUCCAUCAGCUUCCUGUCGUACAGGGUCGCUCCCGACCAAUCAGAGUGCUCAACAGGCUGACCGUUGUGAUGUCAGACCCCAGUCACUUUAGGAACACUCCGGAGCUUCAGGCCUUCGACCUCCUCGCCGUCCAGCCGACCACAGAGAAACUCUUCCACACUGCCUGUAUGGUGUAUGACGCUGACAUCAUCUGCGUCUCGGUGACGGAGAAGCUUCCCUUCUUCUUCAAGAGGGCGCCGGUUAACGGGGCGAUAGACAGGGGCGUGGCGUUUGAGGUCUCGUACUCUGCGGCCAUCAGAGACGCCACGAUGCGGCGCUACACCAUCGCUAACGCCGUGUCUCUGAUGGAGACCUGUAAAGGGAAGAACGUGAUCCUGUCCAGCGCAGCGGAACAGCCUCUGGAGCUCAGAGGGCCCCACGACAUCACCAACCUAGGGUCGCUAUUCGGUCUGUCAGACGGAGACGCUAAAGAAGCAGUUUCCUCCACCUGUCGAUCUGUCGUACUACAUGCAGAAACCAGGAAGACGGCCAGCGGCAUCAUUUCCACCAUGAAGAACCGCAGGGAUUGGUCCUGCCAGCUGGAGGCGGAGCCUGCAUCUGAGCGCUGUGAUGCUCCGACAGCCAAGAGAGCCAGACCUCACCUGGCUGUGAUUGACAGCUGAGGAGGGCGGGGCUUCAGGAGUUCCUCUUUAAUUUGAUUUCACCUUCUGACUUUUGUUCCGACUGAAGAAGCUCAAUAAAGUUUCAAACACAAAGUU